AUGUUUUGCGAUGCUGAGGUCGGGAAAUUCGAGGAGUCGUUGCAAGCUCUAUUAUUUUUUGAAGAAAGGAUGGGGAGACCUGGCAAGGUGUUCCGCACCAUAGGCAGAACGGAAGGAUACGGCUAUUUACGAAGGUAUAAGGAGAGCCAGACGAAGGCGUUGGCAUUUUAUAAGGUCCGGAGAGUCCAACGACGAAUUGUGACGCUUGGUAAUUUACGUGAAGCAGUCAUGACUAUGCGAGGAGAUAUUACAAUGCUCCAAUAUUCUCUCACGACCCGACAAGAGGGGGCAAAGGGGCCUAGUUUAACAUCUGAAGACAGUAGUCGAUUGGCUGAGGGUCGGACUCAUGUGGCUCGGAUGACCUCACGCCGAGUCGAGGUCACUUUGGCACUCGCAAAUUCAAGAGUCGAGGUUGCUUUGGAACUCACUUAUUCGCCUAAAGGGUCUGGACGACCCGAGGAGAUGUUUUUCCGCCAGAUUAUUUAUGCAAAAGACUCGAUGAUUCCCACAUUGUUGUCGGAGAGGAUUAGCUCGAGGAGAGAAACCGACGAUCUUGUACAAGGGAUUCACACCCCGAUUAUUUUCAUAAAGAGGUAUGCGGUGAUAUAUGCGACUCCAGGAUCGGGGGCAAUUAACCCGCCGUGGCGGUGCGCGAUCUCGUGGAGCUCAGGAGAAUAA